GUCGUGUGGCGGAAGCGGGACGUCGGCGGGGCGCGGCGCCAUGGCUGGCGGUGGCACGGCGGUUCUGGUGCGGGCGCUGGAAGCGCUGGAUGUUAGUGGUGCUGCAGAGAAGAUUCGUUUAAUACCUCAAGACUUUUUUGCAGAACUGUGUGAGCAAAUAGUUCAACAUCUGAACCAUAAGAUCCCAGGUGUAAAUACAACUGAACUGUGUCAGAGAAUUCAAAUGUCUGGGAUUGAGAUUAAUGUUGGUGACCUGGCAAAAAUAGCUAACAUUGUCUCCUUUCUAUUUAGCACAGCAGCCAGAAACAAUCUCUCUACGGAAGAACUUGUCACCACCUUGAGCAACACAGUCAACGCACUGCCGAAACACACGGUUCAAGUCAUUCGUCAUGUCUGGAACGAGCAGGGCAAAUCUAUUAGCAUGUCAGAAGAUGAAAGAAAUACAGCCACAGUGGGGCAGUUUGUAGAUAUUAAAUGGAAACUGGGAGUUGCAAUGAGCUCUGACAACUGCAGGUCUCUGAAGUAUCCUUAUGUUACAGUGACACUAAAAGUGGCAGACCCUUCAGGACAAAUAACAGACAGGUCUUUUGAAAUGACUAUACCACAGUUCAAGAACUUCUUCAUGCAGUUCAAGGAAAUGGCAGCUGUUCUUGAAACAGUUUGAAGAGAACUCUUAUUUAUACUGAAAUUUUGGACAGACUUAAAUAAACUUUCUGUUCUGCACAGAAAAUAAAGUGCCAUUGUUCAGCAAGG